GGAAGGCGGCUCGACCCGGCCCCCGGGCAGCGGCUGCCGUGAGGUGAGGCCCUGGGCGCUGCGGGCGGGACCGCGACCGGGCCCUCCCUCCCUCCCUCCCGGGCGGCCCAGCGCCGGCUCCUCGCAGGUGGGAGCAGCCCCCGCCGCCGGGGAUCCCGCCUCCCCGCCCGGCGCAGCGGCGGUGCCGGUUGCUUCCCCUUCGCCGACUCGCAGGGAGCGAGCGGCGGCGGGCGGGAGGGGCUGCCCCCCCCCCCCCACCCCAGCCCCGGCCGCGGCGGCCCCGAGGAGCGGGCGAUGGAUGGGGAGGGCCGGGCGGAUCUCGCCAGCGACGAGGCGGCGCCGCGGGGGAAGAGGAGAUCGACCCCCCGGCCGCAGCCCCGCGCCUGGAGCAAGCCCCGGCCCCAGUCGUACCAGAGCCCCAACGGGGUGCUCUACACCGACUUUCCCGUGGAGGACAGGUGCGCCUUCACCGUGACUCAGCCCGCCGGCACGCUCAGCACCUGCCCGGGCCGCGCAGCGCUCCGCAGGGGCCCCUCGCCGUUCGCUUCCAGCAUGGGAUCGGUGUCCAACGGGAAGGGGCGGCCUCCAGCCUGCGGAGCCGUCUCCCCGGAGCGGCCCUCCCGGCUGAUCGCCCUGCUCCCGAACAGCCCUGUGGGUUUUACUGCCAACGGCACCAUUACCUCACCGGGAGGCCAGCUGGGUCGGCCCCCGAGGAUUUCCAGUCCGUCAGCGCUCGCCCCGCAGCAAGAGCGGAUUGUUUUCACAGCCAGCCCUCACCCCUCGCCUCCUGGAAACGCACCUUCCUCCAGCAACAACAGCGCGGCGGCGCUGCCCUCGCCAUGCCACCAGGUCUCCAAAACACCAGAAAAAGCGCCGCCGGGGCCCCCCGAGGCGAUGUCCCCGGAGCAAGGCGCAACUCCUCAGAGGCCGGCGUCCCCCCAGGAGCAGCCCGUGGUCCUGAGCACCAACAGCCCCGCCGCUCUCAAAGUGGGCGUGCAGCAGAUCAUUCCCAAGAGCCUGGCUUCCGAAAUAAAGGUGACGAGCAAAGGCGGCGGCCAGAGCGCGGAGACGAGCCGGAGGGUGCUGAAGGUCCGCAGCAUGGUGGAGAGCCUCGGCGUGGCCCUGGUCGCCGAGCCUGAGGAGGAGGCCGAGGGCGAGCUGGACAGCCCGGGGACCCUGCGGCGCGGCCUGAGGUCCACGUCCUACCGCAGAGCUGUGGUGAGCGGCGUGGACUUCGAGAGCUCUUCUAAUUUUAAGAAAAAAAACAGAAUGUCCCAGCCCAUCCUUAAAGCGGUUGUUGAAGAUAAAGAGAAAUUUUCGAGCCUUGGGAGGAUGAAGAAGAAAACGCUGAAAGGACAAGGGACGUUUGAUGGGGAAGAAAAUGCUGUAUUAUAUCAGAACUAUAAAGAAAAAGCUCUGGACAUAGAUUCUGAUGAAGAGUCUGAGCCCCGAGAGCAGAAAUCGGACGAAAAGAUUGUUUUUCACUAUAAGCCCCUGAGAUCAACAUGGAGUCAGCUGUCCGUUGUAAAGAAGAAUGGAUUAUCAGAAGCAAUCAGCCAGGAAGAAAGAAAAAGACAGGAGGCAAUAUUUGAAGUGAUAUCUUCUGAGCAUUCUUAUUUGCUGAGCUUGGAGAUUCUGAUCCGGAUGUUUAAAAAUUCCAGGGAACUGAGUCUCACGAUGACCAAAACGGAGAGCCAUCACCUUUUCUCCAACAUCACGGAUGUUUACGAAGCAAGCAAAAAGUUCUUUAAAGAACUUGAAGCAAGACAUCAAAACAACAUCUUUAUUGAUGAUAUUAGUGAUAUAGUUGAAAAACAUACUUCUUCAACGUUUGAUCCGUAUGUAAAAUACUGCACCAAUGAAGUCUAUCAGCAGCGAACACUGCAGAAAUUACUGGCCACAAAUCCAGCAUUUAAGGAGGUGUUGUCACGGAUUGAGUCCCAUCAAGAUUGCCGGAAUUUACCGAUGAUCUCCUUCCUCAUUCUUCCCAUGCAGAGAGUUACUCGUCUUCCUUUACUGAUGGAUACUAUUUGCCAGAAAACUCCUAAGGAUUCGUCAAAAUACGAGAACUGCAAGCAAGCUCUGAAAGAAGUGAGCAAGCUGGUGCGGUUAUGCAACGAAGGCGCUCGGAAAAUGGAAAGGACGGAAAUGAUGUACACAAUUAACUCCCAGCUGGAGUUUAAAAUCAAGCCGUUUCCAUUGGUUUCCUCUUCACGAUGGUUAGUGAAAAGGGGCGAAUUAACAGCGUAUGUGGAAGACACUGGACUUUUUUCUAAAAGAACUUCUAAACAGCAGGUGUACUUCUUCCUCUUCAAUGACGUCCUGAUUAUCACCAAGAAGAAGAGUGAGGAGAGUUACAACGUCACAGAUUAUUCUUUAAGGGACCAGCUGGUGGUACAACAAUGUGACAGUGAGGACCCGACUUCCUCUCCUGUAAAGAACACUUCAACCAUGCUCUCCUCGCGGCAGAGCUCUGCAGCUCACCUCUUCAGACUGGCCGUCCUCAGUAACCACGCAGGAGAGAAGGUGGAGAUGCUCCUGGGAACAGACACUCAGAGUGACAGAGCUCGCUGGAUUACAGCGCUCGGACAGGACAGAGACGGGCAGAAAACGGACAGGACAACGUUGACUCAGGUAGAGAUCAUCAGAACUUACACAGCAAAGCAGUCAGAUGAACUGUCUCUUCAAGUUGCUGAUGUUGUUUUGGUUUAUCAAAAAGUAAAUGAUGGUUGGUACGAAGGGGAACGGUUGCGGGAUGGUGAAAGAGGUUGGUUUCCCAUGGAAUGUGCUAAAGAAAUCACAUGUCGUGCCACGAUUGACAAGAACAUGGAACGGAUGGGACGCUUACUUGGACUUGAAACCAAUGUGUAGACUGUUUUUGCUGCUUCAUACUGUACUGCAGGAUUUGCACUAACGGCUCUCGGUGGGGGCACGGUUGCAGGCCCCGCAGCUCUCGCGUGGAAGAUGAGUCACCAAUGCAAAAAACCUAGCUAACAGAGCACUGAUGUGUUGGACACGUCCUCCCUUUUUAUUUUGUGUUUUGAGAGCUCUGAACUGAAACCUGGCGCAGCCAGUAGCAGAUUUCAACUAGAAGUAGUUCCUUAGGCACUGGAGAUCAGCCAUGCAGCUUUUUGACUCAAAUUUCAGUUUCAACUUUGGUUCCUCCAUCCCUGCCUCUCGCUGUAGUCUUUUUCCAUCUGUUUUGGAGCAUUUUGACUUUUUUUUCAGAAGCAGAACUUGGUGUAGCAGUCUGUGUAGGAAACUGAACACCAGAAUCUCACCCAAGCCAUGCAGCUGGAGGUGAACAAUAAUACUGGGGGCUCCCUGCUCCGAGGGAACUGCAGCGUUGGAUUCCCAGUACCAGGGUAUGGUAAUGGAUACAUCCCAGUUGCGGCAAAAUCGGUGUUUAACCUGAACUAGAAUAACCAACCCUGUAACUCAUGAAGGACUACCUCUCCAGCACAAAUCCAGGGAUGUCCCAGGCUUUGUAAGAAGUAAUUAGAUCUCUGCCUGAUGAGAAAGCAUAAAAGCUGACGCAAGCUCCAGGGAUGAAGCCAGAGAAGGGCCUGGGGCGGUGGUCCCUCAGGCAGCUCAGACUUUUUCUCCUUCUAGUGCUGCAGUGGUGAAAGGAUUCCUGAAAGCAAGAAAGAGGUACCAAACUCUGCAAGAUACAAUGUUGAUUAUCUCAUUCUCAGAUCCAUUUUAGCACAGGUAUUUUAAAGGAGUUUAAGUGCUGGAAAUGUGCCCAUUUUCCUCAUGGGUGUUUAACUAGGUCUUCCGAUUAAGCUCAUGCUUUAGAGCAGCAAGGGUUUUGAUGCAAACUGCAGAAAACAUGAAAUAUGUUGUUCUGGGCUUAGGGGGGUUGUUUUGGUGAGGGUUUUCUUGGUUUUUAGUCUUUCUGCUCUUCUCUACUAGAGAAGAUUAUUUCCUUCUGUGGAGGCAAAGAGUUCAACUGAACUUCAGUUUACUUGCAUCUUUAACAUUUGUUAGCAUCAUGUUGAAGCCACAGGCAAAAAAACAGAGGGACAAGUAAGAUCUGUGGAAUUUUGUUAAGGUGCCAGGCCUUCUCAUCUCCAUUGUACAUAUAAAUGAAGGCGCACCACUGAGGAAAGCCCUGGAACCUGAACUUGGUAUUUCGUUACCUUUGCCUUCCCCUCCUGCAGUGUGACUUGAUGUCACUGGCUGCUUCAGGCAAGAGAUGAGGGAGGGUGAGAGAGUGAUGGAUAAAAUAGUGCUUGGACCUUGCUUUGAGAGGAGCUCACACUGGUGCUGCUUCACAAGUGCUCUUCUUGGCUGUAGAGAAGACUUCUCACAAUUGCACUCUCCACCCAGCACCUGCUAAAGCUUUGCAUCUGCAGUUUAGCUUGGAACAUCAAAGAAAAAAACACCACUUUAGGUUGUGUGAAUGAAAUGCACUGAAAAAUAAACUUAAAUUUCAGUGCAUCUUUUCUGUAUAUGUGUGACAGUUUGUAUUAUAAAAAUCUUCACCUUUCUAAGGACCAGCUGAUUACUCAGCAGGGUAGAAAUACAUGUUCAGUAAAAAUGAGGGAAAAGCUUGAAGUACAAAGGUUUUCCUCUUGUUGCAUUCCCCGUCUGUUUAUAAAGGGGUUGUAUGUUGUUUUGUAUGCUAUAAUAUGUUGAUUCAAUUUGUGAAUUAAUUGGAUGUUGUAAAGAUGUAUCUCUCUAACAAAAUAUAUCAAGGCAGCAGUAGUUUUGUACAAAAAUACUUACCUGGACAGUCUGACAGUGGUUAUACAGCCUUGUAAAUUAAUUUAUAAGUAGACUCAUAAAAAAUAGUAAUGAGAAACUGUAAAUUGAACAAAGACUUAUUUAACAUAGUAAAAAACUUGCUAAUAUUUUAACAAAAUUUAUUGUACACAGGCAGAUGUUUAACACAUAACUGAAUGUAUAAAUCCAGACAUUAAUUUUAUUCAGAUUUUUAAAAUGCAUUGUAUAUAUUUUUCAUACCUAGUUUUUUCAAAAAAUGCUGUAAUGUUUUUUAAAUACAUUUUUCAAUUUUUCCUAUUGUUGGACACAGUUCUUCAGGAAUUAAAGACUUCUAUGAUUUUAUAGGACAACAAUC